UUUUCAGUAAGGCAUCUAUGCGUAAAUAAUUUUGUGCGUUUGUUAAUAAUAAAAUGGCCCAAAUUGAUUUGGUGGAGCCCUAUGAUGAUAACGAGUCGUUUAGUACCGAAUCAAAAGCAUCCAAAAAAGAGAAAGAAAAAGAACCGAGCCUGAAAUACCACAAAUUGUUUCGAUUCGCAACAACCUUAGAUAAACUAUGCAUAGCAUUUGGAAUCAUAUGCUCAAUAAUAUCUGGUGCAGGGCAGCCUUACAUGCUGAUAUUAUUUGGAGAUGUAACCGGAGCCGUUGUUACAUACGCGACAAAUUUAUACAACGAAAGUCUGACCACUUCAGAUUGGGAAGGGUUGAACGACAUAUUAUACAGUGAAGUUCAAAGAUUUGCAGUUAUAAACGCUUUGAUUGGUCUGGUGACUGUGGUAACGACUUAUUUGGCAGGCAUUUCCUUUGCUUAUAGUGCCACCAGACAAGUUUUCAGGAUACGGCAAGCGUUUUUGGAGAAGACUUUAAAUCAGGACGUGGGAUGGUAUGAUGUUCAUCAGACUGGAGAUUUUGCCAGCACCUUUACAGAUAAUAUCGCCAAAAUCGAGGAUGGUAUAGGCGAAAAAAUCGGCCUUUUCGUAUUUUUCGAAUCGACCUUUGUGGUUGGUGUCAUUAUGGCUUUAUUCUUAGGUUGGAAACUCGCCUUGGUUUGCAUAGUUUCUUUACCACUAUCCACUUUAGUGAUGGGACUAAUUGCCUGGUUAUCCACGAAAUUCUCCAAACAAGAAAUGGAGUCUUACGGAGCGGCUGGCGCAGUCGCAGAAGAAGUUUUGAGUUCGGUAAGAACAGUGGUGGCCUUCGACGGCCAACAAAAAGAACUGGACAGAUACAACGAACACAUAAUAAAGGCUGAAAAAAACAACAUCAGAAAAUCCUUUUUUACCUCCCUUAGCAACGGUUUCCUUUGGUUUUUCACUUUCGGUAACAUUGCUCUCGCCUUUUGGUACGGAGUUACCUUGGUCAUCGAGGAAUCUGGCCUGCCGCCUGAUCAAAUCACCUACACCCCAGGAAAUAUGAUUUCCGUAUUUUUCGCCACGCUUACCGCAACCUGGAACUUUGGAAUGGGAACGCCAUUUUUAGAUACCUUUGGUAGUGCCUGUGGUGCUGCUCACAAAGUGUUCAAUAUUUUGGACAGCGAACCAAUAAUAAACAAAUCCAAGCAACGUGGUAUAAAACCGAGAGCGUUCAAGUCUGAAAUUACGUUUGAAAACGUGCAUUUCAACUACCCUUCAAGACCGGACGUCAAGAUAUUACAGGGCUUCAAUCUAAAAAUUAAACAUGGAGAAACAGUGGCACUGGUAGGAAGCUCUGGCUGUGGAAAAUCCACUUGCAUCCAGUUGAUACAAAGGUUCUAUGAUGCAGCAUCUGGAAAAGUGUUGCUGGACAACCACAACCUAAAAGACCUAAACCUGACCUGGCUGAGAAACAAAAUAGGCGUAGUAGGCCAAGAACCGGCCCUCUUCGCUACAACGAUCGAAGAAAACAUAAGAUACGGCAGGCUGAACGCUAACUACACGGACAUAGAGAAAGCUGCCAUAAAAGCGAACGCGCACAAAUUCAUUUUGAGCUUGCCGCACGGUUAUCAAACUGUCAUUGGGGAGAGAGGAGCGCAACUAUCCGGAGGACAGAAACAGAGGAUCGCGAUCGCGAGGGCUUUGGUCAAAAAUCCCGAUAUUUUGCUGUUGGAUGAGGCCACUUCCGCUCUGGAUACCACCAGUGAGGCGGAGGUCCAGGAAUCUCUGGAUUCUAUCAGUGGGGAAUGCACCACAAUCAUUGUAGCACAUCGUCUUUCCACCAUCAGGAAAGCCAACCGAAUAAUUUUGGUAUCUCAAGGUAAAGUGGUAGAGGAAGGAAGUCAUGGAGAGUUAAUGGAGCUUAAGGGGGAGUAUUUCAAUUUGGUAAACUCCAACAAAGUUGAUGAAACUCAUGAUAUAAAAGAUGAACACGUUCGAGAAAGAACAACAAGUCUGUCAAAUCAAUCUCAAACUUCCAAUGACAAUGACUUGGUUAAAGAAUCAGAGGUUGUUUUUGAGGACGAGACCAGCGAAGGCAGCCUUUGGAAAAUUUUGAAGAUGAAUUCCCCUGAAUGGUUCCUCAUAGUGAUUGGUUGUUUAGCUUCUAUAGUGGGCGGGGCGUGUUUGCCAGUGUAUUCGCUUGUUUUUGGUGAUAUUGUAGGGGUUCUUUCAUUUAAAGACAACGAUAGGAUGGAAUCGGAUGCCAAUGUAUAUGUUUUGUAUUUCUUGACGAUUGGUAUAGUCAGUGGUGUUGGAUUGUUCUUACAAAUGUUUGCCUUUGGAGUGGCUGGAGAAAAACUGACGCUGCGAAUAAGACACAAAACCUUCGCAUCGAUGCUGAACCAAGAAAUGGCUUGGUACGAUAGAAAAGAAAACGGAGUAGGUGCGUUGUGCGCCCAAUUGUCUGGGGAUGCGGCCAAAGUUCAGGGCGCUGCGGGAGUUCGAAUUGGAGCCAUUCUAAACUCAAUGUCGACCUUCAUUUUAUCCUGCACGUUUGCUUUGUUUUACGAUUGGAAGUUGGCGUUGGUGUUCCUUUCUUUUGCCCCUCUUAUUCUGUUUUCCAUUUGGUUCGAGAGAAAAACCAUAACGGGCGACGCCAAGCAGAACCAAAAGGUCUUGGAGAGGUCGUCCAAAAUUGCAGUGGAGGCAAUUGGUAAUAUAAGGACGGUGGUAUCUUUGGGCUGCGAAAAGGUAUUUUACGAUCAAUAUGUCAACGAAUUGGCGCCCUAUCAGAAGAUGUCGAAGAAAAAGUCCCACUAUCGAGGCUUGGUUCUAGGCUUGGCCAGAAGUCUAAUGCUGUUUGCUUACUCAGCUGGCAUGACCUACGGAGCCCAGUUGAUUGUAAGUCGAGAACAGGAAUACGCCAAUGUAUUCAAAGUUGCAGAAGCAGUGAUAACAGGAUCUUGGUCCAUAGGAAAUGCUUUAUCUUUCUCACCCAACUUCGCGCAGGGUUUAAGUGCUUCUGGGAGAAUAUUUUCUCUGUUAGAAAGGAUACCUUUAAUCAGAAGCAUCAAUGUUGCGUCAUCAAAUCUUUGGGCAAAAAGCAACAUAGACUACUUCCAAAUAUUCUUCUCCUACCCCACCAGACCAUCGGUCUCGGUACUGAACGGCCUGGACCUUUCCAUCAUGGAAGGAAAAACCGUGGCCUUGGUCGGAUCGAGCGGCUGUGGUAAAUCCACCAUAGUCCAGUUACUGGAAAGGUUCUACGAUCCUGGUUACGGUGAAAUCAGCGUCGACGGUGACGAUACCAGGACGAUAGACUUAAAGUGCCUCAGAUCUCAGAUUGGGAUUGUAUCUCAGGAACCGAACCUUUUUGACAGAACCAUAGCGCAGAACAUUGCCUACGGGGCUAACGACAGGAAAGUUCCCAUGGAGGAAAUCAUCGAGGCUGCUAAAGCCGCCAAUAUACACAACUUUAUAAACUCGUUGCCAUUGAAAUACGAAACAAGGCUGGGUUCAAAGGGUACUCAGCUAUCCGGCGGUCAAAAACAAAGAAUAGCCAUAGCAAGAGCCUUGGUGAGGAAUCCCAGGAUUCUUCUAUUGGAUGAAGCCACGUCUGCCUUGGACAAUGAGAGUGAAAAGAUCGUUCAAGAGGCACUCGACAACGCAAAACAAGGUAGAACAUGUAUAACAAUCGCGCAUCGUUUAACCACGAUUAAGGAUGCCGAUGUCAUUUGCGUUUUAAGCGGAGGCAAAGUAGCCGAAAUGGGAAAACAUCCAGAAUUAUUGGCCAAAAAAGGUCUUUACUAUAAGUUCUACAAACUACAGUCUGGACAUUAGUGUUAAAUGCAGAUGGCAAUGAGAUCUACUUUUUUCACUGUGUAUAUUUAAAUAUACUAUUCUAAAAA